AUGAGGAAAGGAAAUCCGCUUUUUUUGAAUGCUGCCGGUAAAAAUGGUUAUACGUUAAUCAAAAACUUGGCUUAUCCUUCUCCACCUGUUUCUUUACCGUACGAUGAUUUAAAAUCCCUGCUCCUACAGGAUGUGAAACCAACGAACUUCGAAGCCUCAGAACGAGCAACAUUUCAUUCAAUGGUACGCAAUCCGAAUCAGGACAUCCGUGAAUUCAUCUUGGAUUUGCUCACUCAAGCUGCAAAGUGUGAUUUUGGAGAUUUACUGGACAUGCAAUCGAAAGAUCGGCUGAUCGCUGGCAUCAACAAUACCGUUUUGCAAAAUGAACUUCUGAAGCUAUCCAAUCCGAAGUUCAAAGAUGUGCGGGCUUAUUGUAAACGAUAUCAGGACAUUCGCUCCGCUAUUUCAUUCAUGCCGUCCACCAUUGAAUCUACAGCUAUGUUCAAUUCACUCAAGACUAAAUCCACGAAAGCUCAUGCUACAUCCGGACGUUUCAAACCAGUUGCACAAUCUAACUCACACAAUGUGACAUAUUCGGAUAAAUUCUAUGGCAAUUGUGCAUCCUGUGGCAAACGUCAUUCCAGAUUCACAUGUCGAUUUCGUUACGCUUUAUGUCAUAAGUGUGGCAAAACUGGCCAUAUUCAGUCUGUUUGUCGCAGUACCAAAACCUGUCGUUUAAUUCAAGCCCGAAACUCAGAAGUGAGUAAUAUGGCCAAACAUUUUUCUUCUUUAUCUUUGGCAAUUACCUCCCAUUCCGGUCACAUCCGUAAACAACUAUUUAGUUCUACUAGUAAUUUGCUUCAUUUCAUUUUGGACACUGGUAGUGUGGAAUCUCUAAUUUCUAAUCAUGAUCUUAAACUGCUUGCUCUAGAUGCUAAACUUCAGCCGUCCACUGUCACCAUUAAUGGCAUCACUGGACACUCACUGCCUGUUGUUGGUUCUUGUGAGAUUUCAGUCAGUGAUGAACAUUCUAAAACUGUUACUUGUACAUUCAUUGUAACCAAAUCUGGCCCAUCCAUACUAGGCUUGAAAGCCAUGCAAGCAUUAAAUGUCAAUCUUUCCUUACUAACCUCUAUCGAUACUGAAAAUGAAUUGAAGGAUUUGAUUAUUAAAUUCUCAAAGGUCAGUGGUGGCAUGAAAAUUUCCCCAGUGAGACUACCAGUUAAUGGCGAUCCAGUAUUUCUUAAACGCCGAGUCAUUCCAUAUGGCCUUCGCGAACCUGUCAUGAAUGCGUUGAACAACUUGUGUUCCAAAGGUGUUAUAGAGAAGGUGUCGUCUUCUGCAUGGGGUACACCAAUUGCCACACCACUCAAGUCGGAUGACAAGACCCCGAGAAUAUGUGGUGACUAUCGAAUCACCUUAAAUCCAAGACUGUUAAAGCGGACAUGUACAACGGUUGAACCAGAGGACAUCCUGAAUCAGUUGACUGGAUCUAAGAUCUUUCCAAGAUUAACUUAA